UCAAUUUCUUAUUUAGGGUUGUAGUCGUAGAGUUGGGCUAUAACCACACACACACAAACCGAAACCAAUAUAAUGUCACACGACGGCGAACUACCGGCGGCCGUAGGUACGGGUUGCGAGUCGGAGAAGCAAAACCUUGACAGUUUCCGAUUCACAGUGACAGCGAACCCGGAUGGCCACAUAUCGGAUGUUCGGCGUAUUCACUCUGAAUUCAAUUCGUACGUGGAUCUCUUUCAUCUUCGAGAAUCAGCCCGGGAUUUGAAUGGAUAUUAUGCCGGUAAGUAUGAUCCAACAACCGUCCAUGAAGAAAUAGCCGAGAGGGCCUUGUUCCUCGCACACCUUACCGGUGACUACCCUGCCUCGUUCCUCGGCGAUUUCCCUGCAAGAAUAUUCUAUUUACUCACUCACUCCGUUCACUUGUUUGCUUCCACACUCCGCAUAAAACUCGCAGAAGCUCUCAUUGUACUCGUUGAUACUCAGCUCAUUAUUUUUGAUGAAGCACUACCUUUGUUCAUGGAACUACAAACCUUAGACGAUAAAGAGAUUACAGAGAUGAUAUAUCAGCAGAUUGUUUUCACCACAACAGAAUACCAUGGACUUCUAUUCACUAAUCGGAAAUUUCAGAAUGUCAUGUUUAGCAUUCUAGAGAACGAGCGUGGACGACGUGCUGAGAGAGUGCUUGUGACUCUAUGGCAGCUUUACCAGAAGAAACUGUGGUUUGACGAAAGAACAGCAAAUGCAAUUUGCAAUGCUUGUUACCAUCCAACGGAGAGGGUCUCUACAACAGCUUUAUCAUUCCUUCUGCUUGAGAAUGAUAAUAAGAAGCAGAUGAUUGAGGAUGAUAGAGAUCAUGAUGAUUCAGACUGCAAUGCCGUUGAUGAAGAUCACGAUGAUGGAUCACAACUACUGCAUCCCAUCUACUUAAGAAAAUCGCUGCCAAACCCGUCAUCUGAAAGAAGCAAUGUCACCUACUAUUCACCACUAAACCAUCUAAUAGAUAAGCAGGAAUUUGUUGAGACUCUGUUCCGUUCUCUUCAGUGUUGUACAUCUGAGGUUAAGACGCUGACGUUGAAAUUGACUGCUCGACUAGUUGGACUUCACCAGUUAACAUUGUUGGGCUUUUAUCCCUUUGUUCAAAAAUAUAUCCAGUCGCGUAAACAAGACGCUAUAAAUGUGCUUGAAGCAGUGGUUCAAGCCUGCCAUGAUAAGGUUCCUCGCAAUGUCAUUGAGCCCUUGUUCAAAGAAAUAGUAAAUCAGUUUGUAAAUGAAAGCUCACCGCAAGAGGUCAUCACUGCUGGACUAAAUGCAGUCAGGGAGAUAUGCAUCCGCAUGCCAUUGUUAGUGAAUGAAGACUUGCUACGAGACCUUGCCCUAUAUGAGAAGGCAAAUUCAAAUGCAGCUCGAUCUCUGAUUGCCUUAUUCCAAGAGGUUUGCCCUUUUGACACCAUGGCGAGACCAAAGGCCUGUGAAGACGUUGAUUUUUCAAACGAUGUUCCCGGGGAUGAGUUAUUGCAGAAAAAUGACAAUGAUGACAAACAAGAGAGUGUUGAUUAUAAUGAUUCUGCAUGCAUCAGCACUGACCAUGAAAAUUUGGGUACAAAAAGAAAAACAGAAGACUCAAUAAAAAAGAGGAAGGUGGAGGAGCAACUUGAAGAGAGAACCCUCCGUCUCUGUACCCAAAAAAAUGGCAUGAAGAGAUAACUUUCCAUUUCAAAAAAAAAAAAAAAUGAAGAGAUCACCUUUGAAGAUUUGAUGAAAUACUUUUCUACUCUACGGAUGUUGGGUCUUUUUAAUUAUAAUCUUUGAUUAUUAUGAAUUAUUGUUUAUGUAAUGAGGUUUUUUAAUUUGUUAUGUUGGUCAGUCAUAACUUAUGCGAGACUUAAAACGUGUUAUAGUUGGAUUUGAAGUGUUUAUCUAUUUAAGGCCUGCGAUCUUAUUUAUUUAAGGCUUGAGAUA